AAAAAUUGCCAGUCGAGGCGCAAGCCGAGACUGGCAAUACGGAGUCCGGGAAUGUGGCUUUUCCUACGAGGUCUACAUACUAUUUUUCCGAAAAUCGGGAAUCAUUAAAAUUACGGUAAAUUAUUACUAAUCAUGUUAAAAAUUUUAAAUCAACAUUAUUAUUUUUCCCUUAAAUAAAAGAAGCCAUGAAACAUUGUUUUGUAACUACGGAAACGAAGUACAUAAUUUUAAAUUGUCAAACUUGACGAGUGAAAAGUUUAUUUGUGGCGUCUUUCCAGAGUGUUGAUUUUUUAACGUUUUAAAAAGCCAAAGUAACGUGUAAAAUGAUGAGUGAUGAUGACUGUUCCAUUUCUGAAACCCUCCCAGAACUCACGGAGGCAAUGAAUGCUGCAUCAUUGGAAUUGUUACCAAUAAAAUCUAGAAAUAAGUAUAACUAUGCAUACAACCGCUUCAUGGACUACCGUACGAAUAAAAAUGUAACUUCUUUCUCGGAAAAUGUUGUAAUGGCAUACUUCUUGGAGCUUGGUUCCAAGAUGAAUUCUUCAACUUUAUGGGCCAAUUAUUCAAUGCUGAAGGCAACCCUUGCAAUUAGAGAUGAUGUGGAUAUAUCUGAAUAUUCAAAACUUCGGGCAUUCCUGAAACAACAAGCACAUGCCUAUAAGCCAAAAAAAUCCAAGAUUUUAACUAAAGAAGAAAUAAACAAAUUUAUUCAGGAAGCUCCAGACAAGGAAUAUUUAAUGAUUAAGGUAGCUGUAAUAUUUGGAAUUUCCGGAGCUUGCAGAAUGGACGAGCUGGUUAAAAUGACUGUACAAGAUAUACAAGACCUACUAUCUAAACUUUUAGUUACCAUACCGGAUUCAAAAACCAAUACAUCAAGAUCAUUUAUAGUAAUAGUUAUUGUCAUACAAAUAAAAUUAUUAGUUUGGAAAAUAUUCAACAAAAUAAUGCUAUUAGUUCCCAAGUUCUUCCAGUUUUCAAUACUUGUACUAAUUGUCAAAUAACAGUAAAUAUAACAAAUAAUAAGUAAUAAUUUUAAAAUAUAAUGUUAACCUUGUUUGUGCUGAAAGUUUUAAAAAUAAAAUUGU